CUCACACACACGGAGUUGUGGUGCUCUUCCCGGUGACGGUGUGCGUGUAUCUGUGAGCAUGGACCCUCUGCAGCAAACACAAAGUCACCGGCGGAAACUUUGACGCUAAAACUGGCUCAGCACUAACUUGGGAACGAUGCACUUGCUCAGACUGGAUUUGUUCUUCAUCCUCUGUUGCUGUAAACUUUCCGGAUCACGUUGUUACACGGUUCCCUUAAGCGAGCGCGCGCGCCCCGGGACGGUCGUUGUGUCCCGCGUGGAGAGGCGCGCGCGCUGCACUUUGGAUCAGGUGCUCGUUCCGAAAUUCACGGAGCGCUUUUUGGAGACUAAUGCCGCGGCGGGGACUGUGUUUGUUUCGGACUCCGUGAAGUGCGCCCGGCUGAGGUCGAACCCCUUCACCGUGUACACCGUGGAGGACUGCGUGGACUCAUCAGCCCACAGGCACCUCCUGACCACUCAGUACGACCUCCACGUCCACGGUAGGAACUGUUCCAACAAGCGCAGAAGAACACUUCAGUGGGACGUGGAGAUCCUGAGUUUGUUGAGUGUCCACAGCCACCACCUGCCCCAGUGCCAUGAAGCGGGAUCUGCUUUGUUCCCAGUGGGGGAUCUGCUUCCAGGGUCUCUGAUCCACUGCACGGUCACCAACAGCCGUGACUUUUACUUCUCCGAAGGGAACUUGUUUGCAUCUCACGCACUGUGCCUGAAGUCUUACACACUGAUGGACUUUGACUUGCUUUGUGAUGUGUUCCUACGGAAUCAAGUCAAUUCUGUCUCCAUCCACUGGCGUGUGGGUCAGGGCCUCUUCAGGCAGGACCACCUGGAGGAGCUGCUGGAGAAGGCAGCUCACUCCGAUUCAGGGAUCGUGAGCAGACAACGGAGAAGCAUCAAUAGCAGUCCCCAGUUUCACCCUCCGAUGUAUCAAGUGAAUGUGGCAGAGAAUAAGCCAGCUGGAACUCCGGUUGUGGUCUUGAAGGCAGUGGAUGUAGAUGAGGGGGAGGCAGGCAGGCUGGAGUAUUUUAUAGAAGCUCUGUUUGAUAGUCGAUCCAAUAACCUUUUUGCUGUGGACCCUGCAACAGGUGCAGUGUCCACAGUAGAGGUGCUGGACCGAGAGACAAAAGACACCCACGUGUUCCGUGUGACCGCCGUCGACUAUGGCGCUCCCCGCCGUACAGCCAUGGCCACACUCACAAUAACAGUCAGUGACACAAAUGAUCACAACCCCGUUUUUGAGCAGCAGGACUACAAGGAAAGCAUCAGGGAGAAUCUUGAAAUAGGGUAUGAGGUGCUAACAGUGCGUGCCACAGAUGGGGAUGCACCAGUUAACGGUAACAUUUUGUACCAUAUUCUCAACAAUAAUGGGUCUAAUGAUGUGUUUGAGAUCGAUUCCAGGUCUGGAGUAAUCCGCACUAAAGGCCUGGUAGACAGAGAGGAGGUAGAGGCAUACAUGCUGCUUGUUGAGGCCAAUGAUCAAGGUCGUGAUCCUGGCCCACGUAGUGCCACAGCAAGCGUUCACAUUGUGGUGGAAGAUGACAAUGAUAAUGCUCCCCAGUUUAGUGAGAAACGUUAUGUUGUCCAGGUCCCAGAGGACAUGACCCCUAACACAGAGAUCUUACAGGUUACAGCCACAGAUCAGGACAGAGGCAGCAAUGCGGUUGUUCAUUUCAGCAUUAUGAGUGGAAACACCAGGGGGCAGUUUUAUAUUGAUGCACAGACAGGAAAGAUGGACCUGGUAAGCCAUCUGGAUUAUGAGGUGAACAAAGAAUACACACUGCGCAUCCGAGCUCAAGAUGGAGGACGGCCUCCACUAUCCAACAUCAGUGGCCUGGUUACGGUGCAGGUGUUGGAUGUAAAUGACAAUGCCCCUAUUUUCGUUAGCACGCCAUUCCAGGCCACAGUUCUGGAGAAUGUACCACUUGGCUACUCCAUCAUUCACAUCCAAGCUGUUGACGCAGACUCUGGAGAUAAUUCCAGGCUGGAGUAUCGCCUCACUGAAACAACACCCAACUUCCCCUUUGCAAUCAACAACAGCACUGGAUGGAUUAUAGUAUCAGCUGAGCUGGACAGGGAGAGUGUAGAUUUUUAUAAUUUUGGAGUGGAGGCCCGUGAUCAUGGCUACCCUAUCAUGUCCUCCUCAGCUAGCAUUAGCAUGACUAUUUUAGACGUCAAUGACAACAACCCAGAGUUCACUCAGAAGGCAUAUUACAUGCGGCUGAACGAGGAUGCUGCUGUGGGGACCAGCGUGGUAACCGUGUCUGCUGUGGAUCAGGACAUUAACAGCGUGGUAACCUAUCAAAUAUCCAGUGGAAACACACGGAACAGGUUCUCCAUCACUAGUCAAAGUGGCGGAGGACUCAUUACGCUGGCCUUGCCCUUGGACUACAAACUGGAACGCCAGUAUGUCCUGACGGUCACUGCAAACGAUGGCACACGGUUUGACACCGCCAAGGUGUUUGUUAAUGUCACUGACGCCAACACCCACAGGCCUGUGUUCCAGAGCUCACAUUACACCGUCAACAUCAACGAGGACAGGCCUGUGGGCACCAUUGUUGUGGUCAUAAGUGCCACGGAUGAAGAUACGGGUGAGAAUGCGCGUAUCACCUAUUUUAUGGAUGAUAGCAUUCCACAGUUUAACAUUAAUUCAGACUCGGGUGCCGUUAGCACUCAGAUGGAUCUUGAUUACGAGGACCAGCUUUCCUAUACGUUGGCGAUCACUGCUCGGGAUAACGGCAUCCCACAGAAGUCUGACACCACCUACCUAGAGAUACUGGUGAAUGAUGUUAAUGACAAUGCCCCUCGCUUCCUUAGAGACCACUACGUGGGCUCUGUGAUGGAGGACGUGCCAGUGUACACGAGCGUGGUCCAGGUGUCUGCAACUGAUCGAGACUCUGGGCUUAAUGGUCGUGUGUUCUACACCUUCCAGGGUGGGGAGGAUGGCGACGGUGAUUUUAUAAUCGAAUCCACCUCUGGUAUUGUUCGUACUUUACGUCGAUUAGACAGGGAAAACGUGCCCAUUUACAGCUUGCAGGCUUUUGCCGUUGAUAAAGGGGUUCCUGCUUUGAAAACGGCAAUAAACAUCCAAGUAACAAUCCUAGAUGUGAACGACAACCCCCCUGUGUUUGAGAAGGAUGAGUUUGACAUCAUGGUGGACGAAAACAGCCCCAUUGGUGUCAUCGUUGCUCAUAUAUCAGCCACUGAUCCAGAUGAAGGCAGUAAUGCACAGAUUAUGUACCAGAUAGUUGAGGGAAACAUCCCAGAGGUGUUCCAGCUGGACAUUUUCUCUGGGGAGCUGACAGCACUGAUAGACUUGGACUAUGAGACAAAGUCUGAGUAUGUCAUUGUGGUCCAGGCAACCUCUGCCCCUCUGGUCAGCCGUGCCACAGUGCACGUCAAACUUGUUGACAAGAAUGACAACAAGCCUGUGCUUAAAAAUUUCCAGAUUAUUUUUAACAACUAUGUUACGGAUAAACUGAGCAGCUUCCCCACCGGCGUAAUCGGCCGCAUCCCUGCCCGUGACCCAGACGUCUCAGAUCAGCUCCAGUACAGCUUCGAAAUGGGAAACGAGUUGAAUUUGGUGCUCUUGAACAAAAGCACGGGGGAGAUCCAACUGAGCCAAGCCCUGGAUAACAACCGGCCCCUGGAGGCCUCCAUGAGGAUCCUGGUGUCAGAUGGGAUCCAUUCGGUGUCUGCCCAGUGCUUUCUCCAGGUCACCAUCAUCACGGAUGAAAUGCUGUCCAAUAGCAUCACGUUGCGACUGGCUAACACCUCCCAGGAGCACUUCCUCUCCCUGCUGUUGGCCCAGUUCCUGGACGGCAUCGCUCAGGUCUUGUCCACAGCCCCUGAGGACGUGGUGAUCUUUAACAUCCAAGAUGACACAGAUGUCAGCGCGCGCAUCCUCAAUGUCAGCCUGUCUGUGGCUGUGCCUGGAGAGGGCCACCACCGACACGGAGGGCUGAGCCACGAGAGCGUCAGGCUUGGCAGACCGCUUGAAGGUGGAAGUGGAGGGGUGGAGUUCUUCGGCUCAGAAGAACUCCAGGAGAGACUGUAUUUGAACCGCAGCCUGCUGGCUCAGAUCUCUUCCCAGCAGGUGCUGCCCUUUGAUGACAACAUCUGUCUGCGCGAGCCGUGUGAAAACUACAUGAAGUGCAUCUCCGUGCUGAAGUUUGACAGCCUGGCACCUUUUGUGGCGUCCGAUACCAUCCUGUUCCGACCCAUCCACCCCAUCGCCGGGUUGCGCUGCCGCUGUCCCACUGGAUUCACAGGGGACUACUGUGAGACAGAGAUCGACCUGUGCUAUUCAAAGCCAUGCGGAGCCCAUGGCGUGUGCCGCGGCCGGGAGGGCGGCUACACCUGCGAAUGCUUUGGUGACUACACAGGCGAGCGAUGUGAGCUUUCGGCGCGCUCAGGCCGCUGUGUCCCAGGAAUCUGCAAGAACGGCGGCUCGUGUGUGAACCUGCUAGUCGGCGGCUUUAAGUGCGAGUGUCCGUCGGGUGGCUAUGAGAAGCCCUACUGUGAGAUGACCACACGCAACUUCCCUCCGGACUCCUUCCUUACCUUUAAGGGCCUCCGGCAGCGUUUCCACUUCACCCUGUUGCUCACAUUUGCCACUAAAGAGUCCAGCGGUUUGUUAUUCUACAAUGGGCGUUUCAAUGAGAAACACGACUUCAUUGCCAUGGAGAUCGUCAAUGAGCAGAUACAGCUCACCUUCUCUGCAGGUGAAACAAAAACGACAGUCUCUCCGUACAUUCUCGGCGGUGUGAGUGAUGGCCAGUGGCACACGGUGGAAGUCCACUAUUACAACAAGCCAGUCCUAAACCAGGCCGGCCUGCCGCAGGGCCCCUCGGAUCAAAAGAUGGUUGUAGUGACAGUGGACGACUGCGACACUUCUGUGGCACUCAGGUUUGGCCUAAUGAUCGGGAACUACAGCUGCUCUGCUCAGGGGAGCCAAUCAGGAUCCAAAAAAUCAUUGGACCUGACUGGCCCACUUCUCCUUGGAGGUGUCCCCAAGCUCCCAGAAGACUUUCCUGUUCAUAACCGCCAGUUUGUGGGCUGCAUGAAGAACUUGCGUAUUGACAACCAGCACAUAGACAUGGCCAGCUUCAUUGCCAACAACGGAACUCUGCCAGGAUGUUCUGCAAAAAGUCAUUUCUGCAACAACAAUCCAUGUCUGAAUGGAGGGACCUGUGUAAACCUGUGGGGAUCCUUCAGCUGUGACUGCACACUUGGAUUUGGAGGACAAAACUGUGAGAGGGUUAUGGCCAAUCCGCUGCGUUUCCUGGGAAACAGCCUGUUGCAGUGGAAUAACGCUGUGGCAACGGUGGUGUCUGUUCCGUGGCAGGCAGAGCUGAUGUUCCGCACUCGUCAGGCCAGUGCCAUGCUGCUGCACAUCACAUCUGGCCUACAGCACAACCUCACAUUGCAGCUGCGUGGAGGCAGCGUGCUGAUGGGUCUGCACCGGGGUGAGGACUCCACCCUGUCCCGCGUGGAGGAGGUGCUCGUGAAUGAUGGAACCUGGCAUCACUUGCAGCUGGAGAUCACCACUGUGGCAGCGGCAAAUCAACACAAGGCUGUCUUGUCUUUAGAUCACGGCCUCUACCUGGCCACUAUGGAGGUGGAUGGGAAGCUACGGGAUUCCAAGCUGAAAUCUGUAAGCAUCGGUGGUUUGGAAAGGCCUGAUGGGAAAAUCCAACAUGGCUUCCAUGGCUGCAUGCAGGGUCUUCGCAUUGGAGGGGCUCUGACUCUGUCCCAGACCAAGAAGGUGAAUGUGGAGCAGGGCUGUAAUGUGCCCGACCCCUGCAGCUCCAGUCCCUGUCCAGCUAACAGCUUCUGCAGUAACGACUGGGACAGUUACUCCUGCACCUGCCUCACCGGUUAUUAUGGCACCAACUGUACGAAUGCAUGUGCACUGAACCCCUGUGAGCACGAGUCAUCGUGCUCCAAGAAGCUGAGCUCCUCUCGUGGCUACACCUGUGACUGUCCCAUCAACUACUUUGGGGAUUACUGUGAAAAAAAGACUGACUUGCCGUGUCCCAGAGGUUGGUGGGGUCACAAGACCUGCGGCCCUUGCAACUGUCCAACAGAAAAAGGUCUUGAUUCAGACUGUAACAAAACGAGCGGCGCAUGCCGCUGUAAGGACAACCAUUACCUUCCUGAGGGUAGUGAUACGUGCCUGCUGUGUGACUGUUACCCAGUUGGCUCUUUCUCUCGAACAUGUGACAGAGAGAGUGGCCAGUGUCAGUGUAAACCUGGUGUCAUUGGGCGCCAGUGCGACCGCUGUGACAACCCCUUCGCUGAGGUUUCCCCUAAUGGCUGUGAAGUUAUCUAUGACAGCUGCCCUCAGGCCAUCCAGGCUGGGAUCUGGUGGCCCAGGACCAAGUUUAGUCUUCCUGCAGCAGUUCCUUGUCCCAAGGGAUCUCUUGGCACAGCUGUCCGUCACUGCGAUGAACACAAGGGUUGGCUACCUCCAAAUCUCUUCAACUGUACCUCUGUUACUUUCACAAAGCUGAAGACCCUGUCCGAAAGGUUUUCCCAUAAUGCAACACUGCUGGAUGCUGGACUUGUCCGGGAGACUGCAGCCAUGUUGGCCAAUGCAACACUACACACAAAGCAUUACUACGGCAGCGAUGUGAAGAUCGUUUAUCGGCUCAUCCGGAGCAUGCUGCAGCAUGAGUGCAACCAGCAAGGCUUCAACCUGACGGCGACGCAGGACGUCCACUUCACGGAGAAUCUGGUUCGCGUGGGCAGUGCCAUUUUGUCUCCAAGCACUCUUCAGCACUGGGAGUUGAUCCAGCACACAGAGGGUGGCACAGCCAUGCUGUUACGCCAUUAUGAGGAAUAUGCCAACACUCUGGCCCAGAACAUGAGGAAGACCUACCUCAGCCCCUUCACCAUUGUUACUCCUCACAUAGUCAUCUCUGUGGACCGCCUGAAAAAGAUGAAUUUUGCGGGAGCCAAACUCCCCCGGUACCAGUCCCUGAAGGGCCCUCGUCCUGCUGACCUCGAGACUGCUGUCACUCUCCCAGAUUCGGUCUUUCAUCCUCCUGUGAACACCAAAGGUCACAGGCACCUGGACGUCUUCCCAGAGUCUUCACAGAGGAACCACUCUGUUAAUCGCAAGCGGCGCCACCCUGAUGAAAACCAAAAGGAUGCUAUCGCGAGUGUGAUCAUCUUCUACAGCCUGGCCUCACUUUUACCUGAGAGCUACGACCCUGACAAGAGAAGUCUCCGGGUGCCAAAACGUCCGGUUAUCAACACACCAGUGGUAAGUAUCACAGUUCAUGACAAUGAUGAACUGCUGCAACACACACUGGACAAACCCAUCACCGUGCAGUUCCGCCUGGUUACCACUGAGGAGCGCUCCAAACCCAUCUGUGUCUUCUGGAACCACAGCAUCCUCGGCGGUAACGGCGGCUGGUCAGCAAAGGGCUGCGAGGUGGUUUUUAGAAACGCCACUCACAUCAGCUGCCAGUGUUAUCACAUGACCAGCUUCGCUGUGCUCAUGGACAUCUCCAGGAGAGAGAACGGGGAGAUCCUGCCUAUUAAAGUUGUGACCUGGAGCGCAGUGGGAGUGACGCUGGGCUUCCUCUUCCUCACUACGAUCUUCUUCCUCUGUCUGAGAGCUAUGCAGAGCAACAAGACGUGUAUAAUCAACAAUGGAGCUGCUGCACUCUUCCUGUCUGAACUCAUCUUUAUUCUGGGCAUCAACCAGGCAGACAACCCGUUUUUGUGCACGGUCAUCGCCAUCUUGCUGCACUUCUUCUAUCUCUGUACUUUCUCCUGGAUCUUCUUGGAGGGGCUCCACAUCUACCGCAUGAUCAGUGAAGUCCGAGACAUCAACUGUGGACCCAUGAGAUUCUACUACCUGAUUGGAUGGGGAGUCCCCGCCUUCAUCACAGGUUUGGCUGUUGGUUUGGACCCAGAAGGUUAUGGGAACCCAGACUUUUGUUGGCUGUCGAUGUACGACACUCUCAUCUGGAGCUUUGCUGGACCGAUCGCCCUGGUUGUCUCGAUGGACAUGCUCCUGUACUUCCUGUCCUCCAGAGCAUCGUGCUCACUCAGACGCCACAGUGUGGAGACGAAAGAUCCUCGUGUCUCGGGUCUGAAGACUGCAUGCGGGGUUCUUGUCUUGGUUUUGGUCACAUGUUUUCUAGCCCUUCUUUCAGUCAACACUGACAUGAUCAUCUUCCACUACCUGUUUGCAGGCUUCAACUGUGUGCAGGGUCCAUUUGUCUUCCUCUUCCGGAUAGUCUUCAAUAAGGAAGCAAGGAACGCCAUGAAAUACUGCUGCAGCCGCAAGCAGCCUGAUCACAUGAUCAAAUCCAAAACAUCAACCUACAAAUGUAACCCUAAUUACAUGGACGGCAGACUGUACCACCUUCCCUUUGGCGACUCCAGCGCGUCUCUGAACGGCACCAUGCAGAGCGGGAAGAGCCAGCACAGCUACGUGCCGUUUGUCCUCAGGGAUGACGGCUUAAGCGGCAGCCAGGCGCACAUUGCUCUGAACGACCAGGCGUCGUUCUUCCACGAAACUAAAGAGUACCUCAAUGACCGUGACAGCGAUUCGGACAGUGACCUUUCUGCAGAGGACGACCAGAGCGGCUCCUAUGCCUCCACGCACUCCUCUGACAGUGAGGAUGAGGAGGGGCCACUCCCCCCAGAGGAAUGCUGGGAAAGCUUGGCGACCAGUGUGGGCAAGAGACCACAACCACCUGAAAACAGUAAGAUGUUGUGGCCAGGGGAGUACACAGCGGCAGCGAGCGACAGUGAGCUCGCAGACAGAACAAAAGUUGAAACGCCAACCGACACCGAACCGAGCCUCGGACACAACUUUCGAUCUUUGUUGGGGGAGCAAUCAGAAAACAUGCUGAUGGUGCUGCCGCCCGGCCUGCCAAACCAAAUCAUCCAUCCACACAAAGGGAUCUUAAAGAAGAAGCAGCUUUCUCCAAUCGCAGAGAGGAACAGCACAAACCGUUUCCACGCUGAAUCGUGUGAAAAUGCUCCAGACAUGUCGUCCCCUCAGAGAUCCUCCUCUAGUGACGGUCGAGGUGGUCCACCUGAAUCCUGCCUGUCGGAUCAACUGAACGGUGUUGUCAUGAGCAUUAAAGCUGGAACAGUGGAUGGAGACUCAUCAGGAUCAGAAUUUUUAUUUUUUAAUUUUAUCCCAUGAAGCAGUGAUCCUGAUUGCAAAGAAAAAUCUGAAUCACUGUCUUCAGCUUGGUGCAUCAUUUUAAACAUCCCUCACAAGCACAUUUGCUUCAUGCAUUUUUGUUUUGGCGUUGCAUUUCUCCAUCUCAAACCCACUCGCCAUCUCCAGUUUCACGCACUGCCCUGUUUUCCCAGCAGCCACUGCACCAGCUCCAUGCUGACAGAGGGGUGUGUCUUUGCAGGUCGUAGAGCCUCCUUCCUCUGUACAGACUGCAAACGCACUGAGCGGCGGGCCUCGGGGAGCACCAGACAUCCCUUUAAAACAUGGAAAGACAUGGCAAUCCCCUUCCUCACCAUGACGUCAGCGUGUUGUGCUGUCCGCAUGUGUGCACGCCAAACCUCAGGAGCCACGGCAUUGGCUCACACUCCAGCGCGUGGAUGGAAAGAGAAUUACUGUGUUUACAUACUUGAAUCAAUGCACUUUUUUGUUUUGUUUUUUAUGAGACCACCUGCUGCGGCUUGCCGGUGGGCCACUUGUCAUGUUGUGCUUUUAGGUGGGUGAUUUAAGUUGUUGAACAUUCAGGGAAAUUCAUGGAUAACUACUUUUUGGUUUGGCUUCCUGGUGGAAAAAUCCUUUGCCGCUGUGAGGUUGGCUCUGUCAGAGCUCAGACUCAGGCUGCACAGGCAAAUUAAAACAUCAGAGUUCAUCCAGACACCGUUUCCAUCCUGAAGCCAGUUGCCAUCCGACAUUCUGCGAAGAGUCACGGACAGUGAACUUAAACGGAGACACCACAGUCACUGCACUGUCGGGCCACCUGUGGUGAAUUCUUUGUAUAAGCUACUUCUCAUUAAUGAAGGAAUCUCUUUUUUAUAUAAGUAAACUGCAGCUUCACCUUCAGUCUGAAGAGUCCAACAAGUGAAGAUUUCAAAAUUUUGAUGUCGUUUUUGUAAGUCAUUGAGAGCAAGUUUUUUUCAUGGACGCUAAAAGCUCUUUUUUUUAUCUGCAUUCAUUUGACUUCAGUGACUAAACUGCUGUAUUUUAUAGAUUAGCUAGACAUUUGUUUUUUGUGAAAUAAUGCGCAUUUGUGCUAUAAUCCAUUUUUACUGUAAAGGAAAACGUCAACAUGAACCAUCUUAAUUUUUUCACACAGUCAAGUGAACAAGUGGACCAAUUCAUCUCAGAGGGAAACAAAAAAAUCUGUCCAGUUCAUGUGAUAUUCACUGGUACUUUUUAAAAAUAAAUGAUACAAUUUUAGGUUAAUUGUGUAGAUACAAACUCUUCCAGGUCUGUGUCAUAAUAAUCCAACUGAACAUGUUUUUCUGCACCUGUUGUUAGCGAUUAAGUCUUGUCUGUAUUUCAGUCACAUUUCGAUAUUUUUAAUCAGUGCCAAGCCAGUAACGAAGGUUAGUUUGUUCUCUGUAUGAUGCCUCACUGACGUUUGCUGACACACACAGACUGCUGCUGUACAAACAAAUAUCAAAAAGGGACCAGACACAAUGCUGUUGUAGAAAUUACAUUCUACUCAUUUCUACAUAAAUGUUUGACAUGAGUCUGUUGUGUUAUAGCUGAUAAUCAUAUUACUGUUUUUAACAUUCCGAUUCCUUGUUCUGUUCAGCUAUUUAACAGGAAAUCCUGAAAGUCCACCAGGUGUCUGGGGCCCUCCAGGGAAAAGCUCCUGGGUUUUAGGCAAAAUUAAACCAAUUUCAAGCCUCAUUCGGGCAUGUUUUGGCCUCAAUACA